AUGGAUUUAACCAUGGAUUUAUCAAUUCGUAAAUCACAACAACAACAACAACAACAAUCUCCAGUUGCACCAUCACGACCAAUUCUUAAUCCAGCAGCACCUUCUAGUAUGUUACAAGGUUCAGCUGGUCGGAAUUCUCCUCAUUUACCUCCACCAACAGCAUCUCCAUCUCUUCCGCAUACACCUGUACUUCAACAACAACAACAACAAAUAAAACAGCAAUCUCAACCAUAUGUACCAAUUCCACCAGCUGUUCAACAACAAUUAAAUCAAGUUCAACAACAUCAACAACGUGUUAUGCAACAAACAAAAUAUGUUCAAUUACUUAAUGUUAUUGAAGAAAUGGGUAAAGAUAUUAAACCAACAUAUGCAGGAAAUAAAAAUUCAGCUGAACGUUUAAGACGUGCUAUUGCAUCAGCUCGUGUUCUUGUCCGAGAAUGUCAACUUGAAUGUGAUCGAAAUAGUCGACCUUGA